AUGAUGAUACAGCUUCGUCUUCAGCAGAAGCUGCGGUUUCCGCCGGUGGUCAAAUCCCAUGGCGGCGCUGAUUCCUUCAAGCUAAUGCCCACGGUUGUUGCUGCAUCGCCUCCUCCUCCGUCCAAAUUCAGCAGCCUUUCUUUUAAAUCAUCGGCAAAACCCCACGCUUCUAGGUUGCUGCUCUGCAGGAUGAACCGCGAUUCAGACAUGAUAUCACAGCUGGAAAUCGGAAAGGCCAACGAGAAAAGGGGAUCGCAUAAGCAAGUCAACGGCAUAUUCUGGAUUCUACUCAUUAACCUUGGCAUAUAUUUGGCGGAUCACGUUUUCAAGGUUUCUUGGAUUAAGACACUGUAUCUGUACCAUAGCCAGCCUGUUUGGUACCAGUUCAUAACUGCAACGUUUUGUCAUGCGAGCUGGAGCCAUCUAUCGAGCAAUCUGUUUUUCUUGUAUAUUUUUGGAAAACUUGUUGAAGAAGAAGAAGGAAACUUCGCCUUGUGGAUUUUCUAUAUAUUAACCGGUGUAGGGGCAAACCUUGUUUCGUGGUUAGUUUUACCGAGAAAUGUGGUUUCUAUAGGUGCAUCCGGUGCCGUUUUUGGACUCUUUGCAGUCAGUGUUCUCGUGAAGAUGUCCUGGGAUUGGAGGAAGAUACUCGAAGUUCUUAUAUUGGGUCAGUUUGUCGUAGAAAAGGUGAUGGAAGCAGCGCAAGCAUCAGCAAAUAUAGGAGGAGGUUACGCGAUGCAGAAUGUAAAUCACAUAGCACAUCUCUCAGGUGCACUUAUCGGUGUUUUCUUGAUAUGGCUUCUGAGUAGUGUUCCUUCAUCUACUGAUGAUAAUAAAUAAUAACAUUUGUAUUUAACAUUAUUGUUUCGUUUCCGUACACCAUUUAUGCAUCGGAAACGUAUUCGCCGUUUUUGCGUAUUUAUAAUUAUAACAUUCGUGUAGGGGUUCUACUUCA